UCUGAGGAAUGAGGCGAAAGCAGGAGAGAUAAGAGUGAGGACCGUCUCCAAAUGCGCACAUUAUUACUCGGAAAAUGGUAUCAAUGCUGAUAUGGUGGAUCCCCUUCAUUUGGUUUGCAGUGCACAGGUGCGGUGGUGUCCAGGUGACCGUGCGCGAGGAGCGGAAGUUUGCCAUGCUGUUCCAGGAGGUGGUACUGCAGUGCCAGUACUCCAGCCCCUCCACCCAGACACCGGUGGUGCAGUGGUGGUACAAGUCGUACUGCCGGGACCGCACGCGCGACUCCUUCAGCUUCCCCGAGAACCUGGGCCUGCAGGGCUCCGAGCUCGGCGCCACCUCCCACCUGGACUGCGCCGACUCCUCCCGCACCGUCCGCCCCGUCGCCUCCGGACAGGGCUCCUCCAUGACCCUGGCCGAGCACUACAAGGGCCGGGACAUUGCCAUCAUCAACAAGGCUGAUCUGCGGAUCGGGCAGCUGCAGUGGGGGGACAGCGGUGUGUACUUCUGCAAAGUGGUCAUCGCUGAUGACCUGGAGGGCCAGAAUGAGGACCAGGUGGAGUUACUGGUGCUUGGUAAGACAGGUGCGCUGGAUGAUCUCCUGCCUGAGUUCGAUGUGGAGAUUAUGCCAGAGUGGGUGUUUGUGGGUGUGGUGGUCUUGGGCAGCCUUCUCUUCCUCCUCCUGGUGGGGAUCUGCUGGUGCCAGUGCUGCCCCCACUCCUGCUGCUGCUAUGUGCCCUGCUGCUGCUGCCCUGAGACCUGCUGUUGCCCCCGGCACUUGUAUGAGGCAGGAAAGGCAGUGAAGGCAAUGCCGCAUGCUCCCAUCGGAAUGUUCCCCCCCUACUACAUCCCUAGCGUCCCCACCAUGGUCCCUGUUGCCCCCUCCUCCCUGAUCGACCCUAAGAUGACAGCCACCCCCUCCAUUGAGAACAAUUUGCCAGGAGUGCGCAGUGGGUACCGAAUCCAGGCCAGUAAGGAUCAGGACUCUAUGAAGGUUCUGUACUACGUAGAGAAGGAGCUUGCGCAGUUCGAUCCUGCCCGCAGGUCCUGCCGCCAAUCAGCCAGCAGCAUGUCUGAGCUCAGCUCUCUCCAUGAGGGUGAAUCAGACUUCCGCCAGUCCUACCGCCAGGUCCAGAGAAAGGCACUGCCACCCAUUGCUGACCACGACGACCAACCAGACUUCAGGCCUGCUUCGUCCUCGCAGGGGCGCCGUUCUACACGCCACCCCAAUCGUAACAAUCGGGCAGACGAUCUACAGAACAGGUGGAACCCACGCUCAGAGCACCUGCAGAGGAAGAUGUUCCGGGCGUGUGAGCACACAGGCUCCCUGGAUGAGCUGGAACAGUUUGCCCAGUCCUACAACCCGCGGGGGCGGCGGGGGGAGUGCCGGGACAUGGAGCGGGACUACGGCCUGGAGCUGCAGGAGCGUGAGCACUACCCUCCUUUCCGGGACGGCCUCCCGCGCUACGACGACGACGACGACCUGGACGCCUGGCUGGAGCGCCACCAGUCCGACCGCUACAGGAAGGACCCGGACCGCGAGCGGCCCCCGCCGUCGCCCCGAAAGAGGCGGGACACAGGCAGCAGCGAGCGCGGCGGCCCCCGCCUCGCCAGGGGCGGCCAGGCGUAUGACGACGCCUUCCUGAGCAGCGUGCUGGAGCGCAAGGCUCGGGGGCGCGGCGGGCGGGGGGAGGAGGACAGCUUCCACAGUGACACUCCCUCCAAGGCCAGCUCCAAGAAGAGCAGCGACUGCUACCUCAGCAGGUCGCCUAGCAACCGGCCCGAGGAGGAGGACUCCCUGCCCCCUUACUGUGAGAGAGAGGCGGAGCGAUAUCGGACCACUGAGCCUGCUCAGCGGCCUUUCUCCUACACCCGUCACGCCCAGGGACUGUCCCAAACCCUGCAAGAGCGCAGAGAUGAGAGGGACAAGCCCCGAAAAGUGAACACUCUUCUAAGCAGAGAUUCACUCAUAGUGUGAACUUCAGAGAGCAAGAGAUCAGCAUGGCACUCACAAGGCACAGAGCAGGCUGGACAUGCAACAUGUGCCCACAAACAGACUGGAGAAGCCUUAUGUGCCAGUCAAGAAACAGACUGGAGAGGCCUUAUGUGCCAGUCAAGAAACAGACUGGAGAGGCCUUAUGUGCCAGUCAAGAAACAUGCAGAAGAAGCAUCUUGCAUCAGUCUACAGAUUUAAUGGACAGACAUGCUUCAGUCAGGGAGCAUUUUGAGAAAAGAAAGCCAUUGGUUUUAAGUUCAAUGUUGUUCUGUCUGAAGAAUAGCAUAUGAACCCCUUGUGCUGGUCCUGUUCUUUCUGGGUCUGCACAUACCCAUCACUGUGGCCCUCAAUACAGGCUAACGUCUGUUUACGUGGGGGGCAGCGUAUCAGAACACAGAGCAGUGCAUGUUAUUUUGGGUUAAUUCCAGGAAAUAGUAUGCCAUCCAGCUUAAAUGCUGACGGAGUGAUGGAUUCGGAGAGAAAAGACCAGCAGGGGUAUGUAUGGACGGAUUCAGAGAGAGGAGAUGGAGGAAGACAGGAUACGUUACAGCGGUCAGAGAGAAAAGAUGAUGUUGAAUGGGUUCUGUCCUGUGCUCUCAUGAAAGUGGAGUGUGUAUACAAAGUCCCAGGGUCUACAUGGGACAAAACUCCGAAAGCUUCGGACGCUGUGAUCUAUAUCGCCCCCAAACCUGCAGGGCUGUGGAUACAGUUUUUUUGCCUCUGCUCCAACACACUGCCACUGCCUGCCACUGCACACUGCAACCUUUUAACACAGACUGCAUGAGGACCAGCCCAGCACAAUGUCACACAGUCAACUCUCAGUCGUCAGGGGUGGCGAAGGAGGGGAUCGUCACAGAUAACACAGAAUCUAGGAUAACAUUAAUUAACGUUAAUCAUGACUGUAGACGUUCUUUUAAUUCAACACCUAAUUUGUCUAGUGUUCAAAUUCAUGACACCACUAACACAAACACAAAUAAGUGUUUACUUGCAAGUAAGGGAGUAAGCAAGGGAAAAACAUGGCUAACCACCCACAAAUACAGUAGCUAGCUUCCAACACACAUUGACUGAUGCUACAGAAGGUCAAUACACAAAGAACUGAUUGGUGGCUGUUUUAAACUUUAAACUUGAUUAAACUAAUAAUUGAAGUUCCAGAUGAAGAUUCAGGAGGAGAAGUUUCAGACAAUCUCUUCGCAAUUAAAAAGACCUAGACAAACAGGUCCCAUCCAUGACUAUAAAACUCCCUCUUACCACUUCCUUUCUGCUUCAGCUGUUCACGGCAUCCCUCCUCCACCCAAUCUCCCCCUUUUUUUCUCUGUUUAUGAUGCCCACUCAGGGGGUCAACAACCUCGACCUACGGCUAUCCCAAAUAAAAGUACCACUGUAAUGACAUUCAACA